AUGUAAGGUGCAGGCGGCACAACACGCUGGAGACUGGUGGUGAAAAAAUAGCUUCCGCAGUUCCGUCAGCUGGCGAGGUUAAAUGUCUUGUAAGUGUACACUGUUGAACGUUUGUUUCUGUCGUGUUAUGCAAGAGUAACAAGGUAACUACGUCAGCGCUGCUCGUCCAGUCCUUUGAUAGGCGCAACAUGAGUCUGAACGAGCAUUCACUGCAAGCAUUGUCCUGGAGGAAGCUGUACCUAAGUCGAGCUAAACUGAAGGCUUCUAGUCGGACAUCAGCUCUGCUUUCUGGAUUUGCUAUGGUGGCUAUGGUAGAAGUGCAGCUGGACAACAGCUAUCCUUACCCACCUGCUCUCCUUAUUGCCUUCAGUGCCUGCACCACUGUGCUUGUGGCUGUUCACCUGUUCGCUCUGAUGGUGAGCACUUGCAUUUUGCCCAAUAUAGAGGCUGUCAGCAAUGUCCACAACCUCAACUCUGUGAACGAGUCUCCACAUGAGCGAAUGCACAGACACAUUGAACUGGCAUGGGCAUUUUCUACAGUUAUUGGUACUUUGCUCUUCCUAGCUGAGGUGGUUCUACUCUGCUGGGUCAAAUUUUUGCCUAUUAAGCCCAACAAGUCCAGCAAUAACACAAUUUCAUCUGGUGUGGCGGCUGCCAUUACCUCCACCUCUAUCAUGGUCCCCUUUGGUUUGGUCUUCAUAGUCUUUGCUGUGCAUUUCUACCGUUCCUUGGUCAGCCACAAGACUGACAGACAGUUUCAGGAGCUGGAGGAGCUAUCUAAUCUCACCAGGCUACAAAACGAGCUGGACAACAGAGGGGAAUCUUCCAUCUUGCAGUCAAGCUCACAUUUCCCAUAGACAAGUGUGGUGGAUACGCAUCUAUGGUGGAACUCUGACUCUUUGGGAUUUCUCCAAACCAGAAGCCACAUUAUUGGCUUCUAUUUUUUUUUUUUUUUACAGGAAUGAAGAUAUCUCACCUCUUUGUUGUGAAUUUUUACUUUUGUGAAAAGAAUUUGUAUUUUUAGAAAACAUGUUUGAUCAACUGAACUCACAAAUCUGCCAUAGUGCAUGUAACUUGAAAUUGGAAAGUCUUAACUGUGAUAGUUGCUUGAUUUAUUUCUUGAAUUACGGCAGAGACAUCUGAACAAUAACUUGGAAUCCUGUCUGUUGCCUGCUUCAUUUAUUUACCUGUUUGUCAGUGAACAGUGAACACUGCAUUUGUUAAUAUAUAUAUAUAUAUAUAUAUAUAUAUAUAUAUAUAUAUAUAUAUUACUUGUGUUUUGUAAACCACAAGUAUUUAACCCUACUUAUUCACUGUGUACAUGAUUUCUUGUAAUGUUCACCAUUUGCAAUGCCUGCUGUUUGCGUAGACAAACUCAACAGCUGUCAAAUUACAGUAUUAGAGAAUAUUUGCUGACAUCUUUAGGACAGGCUGUGGUGUUAAAAUAAACACUUUUUUUUACAAAGUG